UGCAACGAUAAGAGAAUGAAGUCUAUAAAAAUCUGGCUGAAGCUUGGCAAGUUCUAUUCAGGGCUCUUCCAACCUCCUCCGCCCACAGCUGCUCCUACAGCCGAAGCAGCAGCCCAUACUGUGAAGAUGCACUGUCUGAAAGUCAUGGCAAUCUUCUUGUUCUGCUCACUGCUGCUCAGCCAGAUGCACUGUGCGUCCUUGCACCAGCCACAGCCUCACCUGACAAGACAAAGGAGGAUGACACCUUUCUGGAGAGGGGUCUCCCUGAGACCCAUUGGAGCCUCAUGCAGGGAUAACAGCGAAUGCAUUACAAUGCUAUGCAGGAAAAACCGCUGCUUCCUUAGAUCGGCCUCCGAGUGACCUGUCGUGAUGAAGAACACCCAUCACUGUUACUGCUAACAAUGCUCCGCUCUACUUGUGAAAUAUUUAUUGACCGUUCAAAAGCUACGACAGUGAACCAGCAACAAGUACAUUCGACAUUUCUGCCAUAAGAACUGGUAAAAGGACUUCAAAGAGCUGGAGAGCAUUCGGUAACCAAGGCUGUACCUCUGCAGCACACGCCUGAGGAUGACUCUCUGGCCAAGCUCAAUAAAAGGACCCUGCAUCUCACGUUUGUUUUGUUUUUUUAUAACUGUUAAUAUCUAUUUUUUUAAGGUGUGGAUUAAAAGUUUAUAUUCAGUAAA